AUGAAGAGAGAAAAAGAAGAGACAAGCAUUCGACGCCGAUGUCCAGCUCGCUCACAUUAUGAAGCCGUCAUCAAGAGCAUUUGCCCCGUCUGGGAUAUUUUCAAUUCCAUGGAGGAGUUAGUAUUAUCCUCGAUAACUACCUCUGCCGUACGAUGUUUUUCCACAACUUCCCCAGCAUCCAGCUGGCUUGUUCCCAAAAUGGCGGAGAAAAGUAAAUCAACAAAGGGGCGGCCCCAUAUGGCCACAGGUGGCUCUUCUCGCGGUACAACAGUUGUCUGGGGUGAUUAUGGGCUGCGAAUGGUUGACCAUGACCGAAGAAUGCCUGCCUCGUCGUUAAAGAUUGGCUAUGAAGCAAUUCAGAGACGUCUGAGAGGGAUGAAUUAUAAGCUAUAUCCCCGGAUCAGCGCUAACAUUGGUGUCUAUACGAGUGGUAAUGAAAUGCGGAUGGGAAAAGGAAAGGGUAAAUUUGAUUAUUGGGCAGCGAGGGUUGGAGUUAGUCGGGUUAUUUUCGAAUUGAAAGGUGAUAUACACGAGAAGGUUGCUAGGGAGGCAUUUAGGCUAGCUGCCCACAAGAUGCCUGGAAUGUACGAAUUUGUAAAGAAAGGUGACCCGCCCGUUGUUGGAAUUACUAAGUUAAAAGACGGCGUUACCCUGGAGUCCCUGAAAAGACCUCGACGAGCAGUUCCGCUCAAUUCGAAACCCGCAGCGAAAUCUGAACCGGCUCCUCCAUAA